UAUUCUAUGGGGUAAAUUCGAUGAGCGAAUAGAUGACAGCUGUCAUUCGAAUAUCUUAAUUGUGACUCACAUGACCCAGUAUUGCACACUCAAAAGUUAUUUGUUGUGAAGUAAAGCCAUUAUUCGGUAGUUUGAAUUGGUAUGCGAUAUACCAGCUGACAAACGGGGUGUGUUCGUUUUCCGAGCGUUUACAGAAAUAGCUUAUAAAUUUUAGUUAAUUUCGACAUUUUUACUGCACAAUUUUUAACAAAUAAUACUACAGCUUGGUAUCACUUGUUUGAUUAUAUUCUUCUAGGUAUCAGAGAUGUCCAGGCAUUUUUUUGACAUUGCUGGCAUGGCAUCGAGUUCAGUUAGUCAGGAAGACUUUGAGAACGAUUUUGAACUUACUUCGCGUCGCUCUAGAAUCAGAACAGCAAGAGCUCGCAUUGUACCACCAAGAACUGGAGAUGCUACUUUAAGUAAUUACCAAAAAACAGCAGGUGAUGUAGAAGAAGUGUGUGAACUUGGUUCAAAUUGCGUUAUCCUACCAGAGCAUGACAAUCAACAGAAUAAACCUAUGAUGAGAAAACAAGAUAAACGCCUGACCAGUCGACCAACACAUAUAAAUAAAGGCAAGCAGCAGCGUGAUAGAAGAAAGCUUCGAGAAAAACGACGUAGCACAGGUGUUGUGCACUUACCAUCAACAGAGAACUGUUUUUUACAGAGCACAGGGGGAAGCACUGGCGAAGAUGAAGAAGAGGUUGGUGGCACCUGUCCAGAAACUAAACAUAACACACAUCAUAACGAAUUUCUUGAUCAGGAAGUUACGGAGGAAAAAGCGGUCAAGACUUACACACAAAGACGAAAUAAAAGCCAUUCUGAUUUGGAAGCUGACGAUGAGGAAUUUGAUUCGCUGAACCAAUCGGAUAGUGUCAAUCAAUCAGAUCCUGGUAAUCAAAAUGAAUCACAGACAUUGCCAAUAGAAAGCAAACCAAGGCCACUGACACCAACAGGCGAUAAACUGUUGGUAGAACUCGCCCAGAAAGAAAACAGGCGACUUCUAUCUCUUUUAGAAGAAAGAGAUUGUAAAAUCUUGGCCCUCGAAAAACGCCUAUCUCAUCAGCAGAACGAAAUGGCUCUAGAAAGACAGCGUCUCAGAGAAGAAAAUGCGGCGUUGAUAAGGGCAAUGGCUGCUCUUGCGACCAACUAAUAACACUUUGCUAAUCGAAUUUUCAAUCAUUACAAUCAUUACUGCCCCAGGCAAUUUUUUAGAGAUAAAAUAUUAAUUUUUUAUUAAUUAAUUUCUAAGAUCUAAUGUUUGAAUAAUGAUUCCUAGACUGAGCGGUGUACAGCACAGUUAUAAAAAUAUUUUGUGAAAAUAUCAUACAGGCACAAGAAUUAAGCUCAAAUUCAUGUGUUGCAGAUACUAUUGCACUUAGAACUCCGUUCUCGGAGACGAAGUAUUUUUCCGUAAUAAUAGCGUGAAAAUCAAAAUUAAAACAUAUUUGGCAGCUAUAUUUCAGUAGCUUCGGUUAAAGAAUCGUUCUAUGAAACUCAACCCAACACACGAGUACUGUUUGUUGCCCCUCGGUGCUGCUAACACUAUCGAUCCAAUAUAGGAUGUAUCAUGAUCAACGCAAUAAGAAAUCUGAUAAUUAAUUAUACUAAAGAAAAAAUAAUUGAAUGCUAUAAUCCGCGCGUCUCAUUUAACAAUCUAUAAGAUGUAUAAUUAGUCCUUUGAAUUAUAUAAAAAACUAUAACUUUGCACCUUGGAAGUCAAAUAGGGUAAUAUUACUCAUUAUAACGAAUUCAUUAUUGCAUUAGUGUUUUUUCCAUGCAAUUGUUAUUCUUAAUAAUACUAUGCAUCACGUAGAGAUGAUGAAAAAAACAAAUAUUAAAUAAGAUUGUCCCGCCGCUUAUGUACGCGGCCCGAAUUUAUACAAUAUCAAAAUAUACGUUCAAAUCGUGCCAAGACCUGAAACAAUAGUUCGACAUAUACAUCCCAAAAAUAUAUUAAGAAUUUCUCAUUUUAUCUGUCAAUUAAUUUUCUUGGGUUGCCGCGUGAUGAACCUAGAGUUAUCAUAUUUAAAACGCAUUUUUCGUGUGUUGCUAUGGUGUUAAAUACUAAUAUUAGGAAAACCACGCUGCACUUCGUGAAUGAACAAAUUUAUUGAUUUGAAUCCGCAACUUCAAUAUGACAAACCUAUUCAAAUAUAUUCUCAGUGUAGUUACCACCAAUAAAAAUUAUAUGAGAGUUAUACGACCGAUAUAGCAGCGAAAGAAAAAAAUAUUUACUGUAAAAUUUAUAAGCUCUUGUCAGUUAAAUUUUAUUUCUAUGAUUUUUGCAAUAAAAUAACAAAAAAAUUCUCGAUUAAA